AUGUGGGGCAGAGUCCUGUCUGAGCAGUGGGACGUGGCGGAGGCCCGUGUGGUGUGUCGGCAGCUGCGGUGCGGAGAGGCAGAGACGGCCUACAAGCCGCCCACGGCCGAGCGAGGGCCGGGCCCCGUGGGGCUGCGAGGGGGUGGGUGGGCAGCCGGCCCCCGCCGCCAUCUGGGCUCUGUCCCCGCCGCAGGGAGCCGGCGCGUGCGGCUGGCGAACGGGCCCGGGCGCUGUGCCGGGAGAGUGGAGAUCUACUCCCAGGGCAGCUGGGGCAGCAUCUGUGACGACGGCUGGGACCUGCCCGAUGCCGCCGUCGUGUGCCGGCAGCUGGGCUGCGGAGGGGCCGUGCGGGCGCCGGGCUCUGCCGCCUUUGGGGAGGGCUCCGGGCACAUCUGGCUGGACGGCGUCAACUGCUCCGGGGCUGAAGCCGCUCUCUGGGACUGCCCGGCCGGGCCCUGGGGGCGGCACGACUGCGGGCACAAAGAGGACGCCGGAGCCGUCUGCUCAGAGUUCACGGCCCUGAGGCUGGAGAACAGCGACGGCUGCUCCGGGCGCCUGCAGGUUUUCUACAAUGGGACUUGGGGCAGCGUUUGCUCCAACUCCAUGACCCCUAAAACGGUGUCACUGGUGUGCGAGGAGCUGGGCUGCGGGAAGGAAGGGACCCUGGAUACACAAGGGCAAUGGGGCAGAGUGUCUGGCCCCGCCUGGCUGGACCGUGUGGAGUGUGAGGAGAGACACGGCUCCUUCUGGCUGUGUCCCUCUGAUCCCUGGAACCCGCGGUCGUGCGACGAGCUGCAAGAUGUGACCCACAUCACCUGCAACGGGGCUGCAGAGUUGAGGCUGGUGGAUGGCGGCAGCCGCUGCGCUGGAAGAGUGGAGGUGGAACACGAGGGACAGUGGGGCACUGUGUGUGAUGAUGAAUGGGACUUGAAAGAUGCUGCAGUGGUUUGCAAGCAGCUGGGAUGUGGGUCUGCUGUUGAAGAGGAUGAAGAUUAUGAGGAUAAAGAUUUUGGGCCAGGAUCUGGCCCUAUUUGGUUGGAUGAUGUUCAGUGUAAUGGCUCCGAGCCUGCCCUGUCCAACUGUACACACAGAGGAUGGGGUGAGCACAACUGUGUACACAACUGGGAUGCUGGGGUGAGCUGUUCAGGGUUUGUCCGGCUGGUCGGAGGGGACAACGACUGCUCAGGACACGUGGAGAUCCAUGAUGGGGAGAAGUGGAAAAGUGUCUGUGCCUCAGCCUUUGGUCCCAGAGCUGCUGCUGUGGUCUGCAGGGAGCUGCAGUGUGGGGCAGCCCUGAACAUCCAAGGGGUAGCUCAUGAUGGAGCCAGCGCCGGUGCCAUGUGGGACAGAGAGCUGCAGUGUGCAGGGAAUGAACCCUUCCUCCAGUUUUGCCCCAGAGGCCCCUCCUGCGACCAGCUCUGCACCCCCAGAGCUGCUACUUGGCUGAGCUGCACACGGUUCAGGCUGGUGAACGGCACCACGGCGUGCGAGGGGAGGGUGGAGCUGCACGUGCAGGGGACCUGGGGCAGCCUCUGUGCCUCCCGCUGGCACCUCUCUGACACCCACGUCCUCUGUGGUCACCUGGGCUGUGGCUUUGCUGUGUCCCUUCCCAGAGGAGGGAGUUUUGGGAGAGGAAUGGGCCCCGUCUGGAGAGACUCGUUCCACUGCAGUGGGACUGAAGCCCACCUGGGACAGUGCCCAGUGACCGUGCUGGGGGCCUCCCCGUGCUCCCAUGAGGAUGCUGCUGCUGUCAUCUGCUCAGGCCCCGCUGGCUCCGGGUCCCUGCGGCUGGUGGGGGGAGGGAGCCGGUGCGCCGGGCGAGUGGAGAUCUUCCAGCGCGGGACGUGGGGCAGAGUCCUGUCUGAGCAGUGGGACGUGGCGGAGGCCCGUGUGGUGUGUCGACAGCUGCGGUGCGGAGAGGCAGAGACGGCCUACAAGCCGCCCACGGCCGAGCGAGGGCCGGGCCCCGUGGGGCUGCGAGGGGGUGGGUGGGCAGCCGGCCCCCGCCGCCAUCUGGGCUCCGUCCCCGCCGCAGGGAGCCGGCGCGUGCGGCUGGCGAACGGGCCCGGGCGCUGCGCCGGGAGAGUGGAGAUCUACUCCCAGGGCAGCUGGGGCAGGGUCUGCGACGACGGCUGGGACCUGCCCGAUGCCGCCGUCGUGUGCCGGCAGCUGGGCUGCGGAGGGGCCGUGGGGGCGCCGGGUUCUGCUGCCUUUGGGGAGGGCUCCGGGCACAUCUGGCUGGACGGCGUCAACUGCUCCGGGGCCGAAGCCGCUCUCUGGGACUGCCCGGCCGGGCCCUGGGGGCGGCACGACUGCGGGCACAAAGAGGACGCCGGAGCCGUCUGCUCAGAGUUCACGGCCCUGAGGCUGGAGAACAGCGACGGCUGCUCCGGGCGCCUGCAGGUUUUCUACAACGGGACGUGGGGCAGCAUUUGCUCCAACUCCAUGACCCCCAAAACGGUGUCACUGGCAUGCGAGGAGCUGGGCUGCGGGAAGGAAGGGACCCUGGAGAUACAAUGGCCACGGGGCAGAGUGUCUGGCCCCGCCUGGCUGGACCGUGUGGAGUGUGAGGAGAGACACGGCUCCUUCUGGCUGUGUCCCUCCGCUCCCUGGAACCCGCGGUCGUGCGACGAGCUGCGAGAUCAGCCCCUGUGCCAGGCUGCCCAGGGAGGGACACGGCCCAAAAUGACCCCAACCCCGGGCUCCGCGUGCCCCAACGCCACGAGCUGCACAGACAGGGAGAGGAUCCGCGCCGUGGGAGGAGAGGACGGCUGCUCGGGCCGGGUGGAGCUGUGGCACCGCGGCUCCUGGGGGACGGUGUGCGACGACGCGUGGGACGUGCGGGAUGCCGAGGUGGCCUGCAGGCAGCUGGGCUGUGGACCCGCCGUGGCCGCCCUGCCCGAGGCUGCCUUUGGGGAGGGCACGGGCCCCGUCUGGCUGGAGAAGGUGGAGUGUCGGGGCACAGAGGCGGCUCUGCAGCACUGCUGGGCCUGGCCCGGGGACCGCGGGCUCUGCCGGCACAAGGAGGACGCGGCCGUGCGCUGCGCGGCUGCGCCCAGGACAGCAGCACCGACCCCUCGAGCAGAUCCCACUCGGGGCCGCCCGACCAGCAGCAGAAGCGUCUCGUUGCCCGUCAUCAUGUGCAUGAUCCUGGGAGCCCUUGUCUGCCUGCUGCUGGCCCUCCUGGCCUGGAGAGUGCUCAGCGCCAGGGCUGAGCGCAGAGGCUCCCAGACAGCCCUGGAGCCCUUCCCUGAGGCCGUGUACCAGGAGAUCCAUUACAGCCCAGUGUGGGAGGAGCAGGCGAGAUUCAAGCCAUCAGGCUCCUAUUCCGAGGAGUCCCUGACCAAGCUGCAGCCCCACCACAGGGACAGCGAGGAGGAAGAUGGUCUGGGGUCAGCACGAGACUCGGGAUGGACAGUGGUGCACCUGAGUGCCACCAUCAGAGUUGGGGAGCAGAUGGGGAUCUCCUGUUCUGCUGCAGCCACCAGUGUCUGA